GUUGUUAAAGCGACAUCUACACCCAAAUACCACGAUUUUUUUAUUACAGCGUGAUUUAUUAAACCAAACUAUGCACACGUUUUAUACACAGUGUUUAAAUAAAUCAAACAUAUGUAUGAUUUUUAUUUUGAUGAAUUAAGCCGCGACGGUUGUGACAUUAACCACAGUCAAGGCUACGUCGGUAAGGAAGUGCACACGUCAAUCAUAAAGCAAGGUUAUGUCAAUUAAUUUAAACGAAGAAAAAACUCAUUUGUGACACUGAUUUGACUCUGAGACGUAGGAUUUGUCACAAAAUGGAUAAACUAGAAGUAAAAGCCUUUUUUGAUAAAACUAUCGCUGAAAAUGAAGACCUUUCGGUGGGGGUUGUUGCUAUAAUGACCCUCAUGAAAAUCAUCGAAAAGUAUCAAGAUAACACAGUCCAGGGGCUUGAUGAGAACCUCAAAUUGGGUAUUUUGGCCAUAAAAACGUCCGACUACCCCGUCACAGCUAUAAAUUCCGGUUGCGAACUCUUCAUGAGGUUUAUAACAUUGGCAAAACUUGAUUAUAAUAGCUUUGAGCAAUGCAGAAACGUUAUGUUAGAACGUGGCAACAUAUUUCUCAAUAGAUUGAAACAAUGCCGGUCUAAAAUCGUCAAAUUAGCAACAAAAUUUAUCGCUGAUGGUUCUAAAGUCCUCACACAUUCAAGGUCCCGUGUCGUACUUAAAACCUUGAUAGAGGCCUCACGUCAAGGCAAACAAUUUGAAGUCUAUGUUACUAAAUCCGCCCCUGAUAACAGCGGGGACGUAAUGUGUAAAAAUCUAACGAAUGAGGGAAUCCCCUGUACUAUAAUUCUCGACUCGGCUAUUGGUUACGUCAUGGAACAAGUCGAUUUUGUCAUGGUGGGGGCCGAAGGUGUUGUCGAAAGUGGCGGAAUCGUCAAUAAAGUUGGUAGUUACACAAUGGCGGUUUGUGCAAAAGAAAUGAAGAAACCGUUCUAUGUCUUAACGGAGAGUUUCAAAUUUUCGCGUCUUUUUCCACUAAAUCAGGGGGAUUUACCCCCGGAAUAUAAGUAUUCUACAAGUUCGCGUCAACUAAAUGACAGAGAUUUCAAGAAAAUUCACCCUUUGGUGGACUACACGCCCCCAUCUUAUCUCACACUAUUGUUCACCGAUUUGGGUAUUUUGACACCAAGUGCCGUCAGUGACGAAUUAAUUAAACUUUAUUUGUAAUAAUUGUAAUAAAAUUUGUGACUCAAGUUA